AGCUCUGUCAUCAGUCAUACUGGUCAGCGGCGCUGUCAACAACACAAAACUUCGGGGGGCACGCCAACAAAACCUAAUUUGUUUCUUUGUUUUGGCGCUUCUUUUUGAUUUUCUGAUUGAAAAUGCCCCCAAAGAAGCGGGAGAAGGAGCCGGAGGCGACCAAGAACCCCCGCAUCGACCACAUCCAGGCCGAUCAUGAACUGUUCCUGCAAGCCUUCGAAAAGCCCACACAGAUCUACCGGUACCUGCGGACGCGAAACAUGUGCUCGCCGAUAUUCCUCAAUCGAACGCUCACCUACAUGAAGCAUCGGAUGUCGCGUACGAACAAGUCCAGAGUAAACUUCAGGCUGGACAGUCUAUUGCAAAAAGUGACCGACAGGAAGGAGAACGCUUUCAUUCAACCGGGGUACAUCAAUCUGACUUUUUUAGGCUUUAACAAUGCCUCGAUGCAGGGCGAUUGCGACUAUGCCCAAGUUGAAACCAUCCUACUGAAGAUCUCACACAAGAAAAGAAAGGACAGCUCGGCCACGAGCAUGCAAAUCACUUUAGGGACUGCUGAGGUGCCAAUCAACCCCCUAGAUGGGCACAUGCCCCUGACAGCCCCCACCAUCAGCAUCCCGACCGAAUCAUUCAGCAGCGGCAAUGGGCCUUUGGUGAAAAGCUUCAUGCUGGUGUUCAAAGUAAAAGUGGUCGUCGAUGGGGAGCCGACCGACACCGAGGAGCCCAAUGCGAAGAGACGCAAGUCCACCAAUGAACCCAGCAACAUGAAGAUCUACAGCGCCGAGCUGACGGUCUAUGACAAGCACAAUCGCUGCUACUUAUCAGAUGGCGACUACGACAUUGUGGUGCAGGACUACGCGCAGGCUGUUUACCGCAGCAGCCACAAGAAGCAUUCCAGCUGGGAGAACGUGAGCGACCUGAUGGAGACCUGCAACAACAUCGACGCCUAUAUGAAGGGCGCCAUCCUGAAGUUCAAGCUCAACUGGAGCCAUGAGGCCUGCGCCAAGAUGGUCGAACGCCCCAAACUCUACCCCUUGGACAACAAGGAGAACAACCCGGGCCUGGCCAAUGGGGAGGUUCCCGGCAUUCUGGGGGAGGCCGAGCCGGAGAAGCUGCAAAUCGUCUAUCAGUUCGUCUAUAACAACAACUCCAGGCAGCAGACGGAGGCCUGCGAGGACCUUCACUGCCCGUGGUGCUCCCUCAACUGUAACGAGCUCUACACCUUGCUGAAGCACCUCAAACUGUGCCAUUCUCGUUUUGCUUUCACCUAUGUGCCGAUCAGCGUCGGGGCUCGCAUUGAUGUUGCCAUCAACGAAAUGUACGACGGCAGCUAUACAGGUUCUCCUCAUGAUCUCAUCACCCAAUCUUCGGUUUGUGCGUUUUCGCGUAACGGCCCAGUGCGACGAGCUUCGGUCACUCACAUCUUGGUGUGCCACCCCAAAAGGCCUAAACCCAGCCUGUCCGAGUUUCUGGAGCUGGACGAUUGCGAAUAUGACGGCCAAAGACCCUUCAUUACCGGGCACAACCGAUUGUACCACCACACAACCACCUGCCUGCCGAUCUACCCCAAAGAGAUGGACAUCGAUUCGGAGGGCGAAAACGACCCCGAAUGGCUGCAGAGCAAGACCAUGAUGAUGAUUGACGAGUUUACCGAUGUGAACGAAGGUGAAAAGGAGCUAAUGAAAAUGUGGAAUCUGCACGUGAUGAAGUACGGUUUCGUGGGCGAUUGUCAGAUCCCGUUGGCCUGCCAGAUGUUCGUGCAGCAGAAAGGCAAAGAGCUGCUGCUGAAAAACCUGUACAGGAACUUUGUGCUGCACCUGACCUCGCUGUUUGAUUUCGGCCUCAUCAGUGCCGUGUGCCUUUACACGUCGCUGCAGAAGCUGCAGCAGAUGGUCGGUGAAACGCAGGCUAUCCGCAACGUGCUCAAACAUGCCCGCGAAGCCCAGAUGGACAACUUCAACCUGCAGAAGAGCAACCCGCUGCUGUCGCCGCACGUGCACGACAAACAAUCGGCGUUGGCGUCGAAAACCACACCGCAAACCGGCCGGAAAACCGGUGGCAACAUGCUGCUGCAGCGCCGCCUCAAACGGGGCCCCACACCAGAAAACCUGCCCGCUAGACGGAAGAGCGUCUGUGUGGACGCGGUGCCCACGAAGAAACGCCUCAGCUUGAGCCUGGCCAAGAACAGUUAGAUUAGCGGCCGUUUUCCAGGGAGGUUUGUGAAUUGUUGUUGAAAUUCCCGGGUUGGGAUGUGGAGAUUCCACUCCGUCCAACUCCGUUGUUUGUUUUGUUUCUCAAACGCAUUUGGAUGUCGGAGCUUUGUCAAAGUGUAAUGUAGUUGUCCGGUCGGGCAAGGUCGUACAAGUUUUAGUUUUUUGUGUCGGGCACGACACUGGUUUCAAUUACUUUUUCAUGCGAUUAAUGUGUUAAGUUUUUUACAAGGAUCGCUUUUCCGUUCCCGCGUGCAGACUUACAGCAGGGCUUUUGUUUGCGUUUUCUCGUCUUGUAAAAUACUUUAGUGGGUGCAUUUCUCAAAUGCCCCGACAGGUAUGGAACAGUGUGAGCCACUGGGCACCUAUCUUGUUACAUUUUUCACUUAUAUAUUUUGUGUGUUUAUAGGA